GUGUGAGGCCCGGGAUAAAGCAUCAUCACUUCCUGUUGGGGGCAGUCGUUUCCUGUCGCUGCUUGGUAACAAUGGGGGAGAUAAUGGCUGCCUGAGCAACGUUUCCGAGCGGGCGCGGGGCUAGAGGCGGGUCUCCACCAGCGACUCAUCGGAGGCGGGUCUGAGAGCGGCGCAAAGAGAGGCGCGCGGAAGCCUCGGCGGCGGCGGCCUUCCCCCCAACUCGGAUCCCAACAACUCACAGCGAAGCAGAGUGUGAAGAAAACUAAAAUCCAGUUUAUUGUUUUACAAUACUAUGUCAUAACAGUCAGAUAAAUUUCCACUUGUUCAUCAAGAUGGAAAGCUCAGAUUCUAAUGAUAAAGGAAGUGGUGAUCAGUCUGCAGCACAGCGCAGAAGUCAGAUGGACCGAUUGGAUCGGGAAGAAGCUUUCUAUCAGUUUGUGAAUAACCUGAGUGAAGAAGAUUAUAGGCUUAUGAGGGAUAACAAUUUGCUAGGCACCCCAGGUGAAAGUACUGAGGAAGAGUUGCUGAGAAGAUUACAGCAAAUUAAAGAGGGCCCACCACCACAAAACUCAGAUGAAAAUAGAGGUGGAGAAUCUUCAGAUGAUGUGUCUAAUGGUGACUCUAUAAUAGACUGGCUUAACUCUGUCAGACAAACUGGAAAUACAACAAGAAGUGGUCAGAGAGGAAACCAAUCUUGGCGAGCAGUGAGUCGGACUAAUCCAAGCAGUGGUGAUUUCAGAUUCAGCUUAGAGAUCAAUGUAAACCGUAAUAAUGGGAGUCAAAACCUAGAGAAUGAAAAUGAGCCAUCUGCAAGACGUUCUAAUGGAGAAAACAUGGAUAACAGCCAAAGGCAAGUGGGAAAUCCACGAUCUGAAUCAACAUCUGCAGGGCCAUCCAGAUCAGAACGCAAUUCAACUGAAGCAUUAAUAGAAGUCCCAUCUACUAGAGGUCAAAGAAGAGCAAGAAGCAGAAGCCCCGACCAUCGGAGAACACGAGCAAGAGCUGAAAGAAGCAGGUCACCUCUGCAUCCAAUGAGUGAAAUUCCACGAAGGUCUCAUCAUAGUAUCUCAUCUCAGACUUUUGAGCAUCCUUUGGUAAAUGAGACUGAAGGAAGUUCUAGAACCCGGCACCAUGUGACACUAAGACAGCAAAUAAGUGGACCUGACUUGCUAAGUAGAGGACUUUUUGCAACUUCCGGAAUAAGAAAUGCCUCACAGGGAGCAGGUUCUUCAGACACAAUUGGCAAUGGUGAAUCUAUAGGAUCAGGACAGAGACCUCCAACCAUAGUCCUUGACCUUCAAGUAAGAAGAGUCCGUCCUGGAGAAUAUCGGCAGAGAGAUAGCAUAGCUAGCAGAACUCGGUCAAGGUCUCAGACGCCAAACAACACAGUCACUUAUGAAAGUGAACGAGGAGGUUUUAGGCGUACAUUUUCACGUUCUGAGCGGGCAGGUGUGAGAACCUAUGUCAGUACCAUCAGAAUUCCAAUUCGUAGAAUCUUAAAUACUGGUUUAAGUGAGACUACAUCUGUAGCAAUUCAGACCAUGUUAAGGCAAAUAAUGACAGGUUUUGGUGAAUUAAGCUACUUUAUGUACAGUGAUAGUGAUUCAGAGUCUAGUGGCUCAAUCUCAAGUCAAAAUAUGGAAAGGGCAGAGUCACGGAAUGGAAGAGGGGGUUCUGGUGGUGGUAGCAGUUCUGGUUCCAGUUCCAGUACGAGUUCCAGUCCUAGUUCUAGUUCCAAUGGUGAAAGUUCAGAGGUUAGCUCAGAGGUGUUUGAAAGUAGUAGUGAAGGAAGCUCAUCAUCAGGUGGCAGGCGAGAGGCUCGACACAGGGCCCCAGUAACAUUUGAUGAAAGUGGCUCUUUGCCCUUCCUUAGCCUGGCUCAAUUUUUCCUCUUAAAUGAGGAUGAUGAUGACCAACCUAGAGGACUCACCAAAGAACAGAUUGACAAUUUGGCAAUGAGAAGUUUUGGUGAAAAUGAUGCAUUAAAAACCUGUAGUGUUUGCAUUACAGAAUAUACAGAAGGCAACAAACUUCGUAAACUACCUUGUUCCCAUGAGUAUCAUGUCCACUGCAUCGAUCGCUGGUUAUCUGAAAAUUCUACUUGUCCUAUUUGUCGCAGGGCAGUCUUAGCUUCUGGUAACAGAGAAAGCGUUGUGUAAUUAAGGUUUGAGCUCUCAGAUAUGUAUCUGGUAUAGUGAUGGGCAAACAGGAAUCACUUGCUUUAUGUCCACUUUUUGAGUGGUGCUUGUAAAGUUGCAACCUGAAUUGAGUCAUUGCUUUCUGAAUGAAUAAUUGUCCUGUCUCCAAUUUCUGUUCCAGAAUAAAAGGAAAUAUUUAAAAAGCAAUGUUUUAGGACAUAAAAUCUAAUUUCAGUAUCAGUAAUUGAUACACUAAUGAUUUAUUAUAUAUGUUUAUUAGUUUCUCCUUUGUUAUCUUAAAAGAUCUGUCUUAGCAGUGGCUGUUUCAUAUUGAUUUUUAAAGUUUCCCAUGCCAUAGGAGAGAGAGGCUAAGGAAAUUAUCAGUUUAGACUAAGUUACAGUACAUGUUUUAUAAGUGAUUGCUUAAAGCUUCACCAUUCCCACUUAUUAGUUGGCACUAAUUUGGCUACAUGCUGACUAUUAUUUGUUCACUUCUUAGGCAAGGUGAUAUUGGACAUAUCAAUGUAAAUAACACCUAAGGUUAGAUCUUCUAAGUGUAUAACUGUCUCCUAAGCCCAUCACUGUGGCACACUGUAGAAGUGAGCUUAUAGUUUAAUUAAGAUGUUUAUCUUGUGGAAAUAUUAAAAAAGCCUAUGCUUAUGUAAGUGAAAAAAAAUCACAUUCAAUUGUUUAAAAAUGUAAAGCUAUUUUGUAGAGGCUCAGUACUUUUCCAAUGCACUGUUGUAAUAAUGCAUUACAAAUUGUAAAGUACCAUGCAUAGAAAUGAAAACAAAUGCUUUUUAUGAGCCAAUAUAGUUUAAAAAAAAUCACACCAAAAAAAUAUAAGGCUCCUUUUAUAAGUGUGUACAUGUCAAGAGCAGAACAUAUCUAUACUAUUUAAUGUAUGUGAGCUACUGUGACAUUGCAAAGUAAAGGUCAGAGUGCAGAAUAGAACUACAUUGAAGGCCAAUGGAAAUUGUGUGUUUUAACUUGUAUUUAGGCAGAAAAUGAAAGACUGGGGAGACUACUACUCUGGAAGAAUUUAAACUUUUUCAUGAAGACAGUGUAAUCAUACUGGUUUCAUAUGGUGAGAUCUUUGGCACAGUAUUCUACUUGAGCAGAUGAAGUAGAUGAACAAAUAUUGGGGCAGAGCUUUGCUUUAAAAAAAAAAUAAGCCACUAUGACCUAGUACAAUUUACAUUGUUGUUUUUACAAGUCUCCUCAAAAAACAAAGAAGGUAG